AUGCCUGCCCCCUCGACAGGCCCGAGCAAAGGCGAUAGCAACAACAGCGCCCCAACCCGGCGCGUCGUGGACCCAAACUCCUUAUCUGCCCGACGAGGUUCCCGUCCAACUCCGAAACCGCGUCUCCCCACAGGAGCGCAGGAUAUCCGGCAGACUAAGGAGUAUAAAGUUGCUGCGCGGAGGUGGAUCUCAACGAUUGUGGCACUGCCUAUCUUCAUGGUCACUUCUUAUGUGUUGUAUGAGCGAUUGUAUGGGGAUCAGAGUCCGAAGCGGUUGCGUCGGAUAGAGCAGGAAGGCGAGAAGAAGCAGCAGCCGGAGACUUCUUCAGCCUCUCCUUCGUCUUCUUAG